UCGCCAUCCAUCUAUCACUCGUCCACCGCUCGCUAUCGAAGAUCGACGUGUACCUCCUACGAAUUUGGGAUCGCCACCACGACGUCGGCCGCAUUUGAUACACAACUUUCGCGAUGGCGGAGCAAGGCCAUGGACUAGAUCAUUCACGAGACCCAUGCCCAUGGGUCGCGCUGUCUGAUUUCGGAGGAGCAUUUUGCAUGGGAGCAAUCGGAGGAGCAGUAUGGCACGGUGUAAAAGGUUUCCGAAACAGUCCCUACGGCGAAAGACGGAUAGGAGCCCUCACAGCAAUCAAAGCCCGCGCACCGGUUCUCGGCGGCAACUUCGGCGUCUGGGGCGGCAUGUUCAGCACAUUUGACUGCGCAGUAAAAGGCGUACGAAAAAAGGAGGAUCCCUGGAACGCCAUCAUCGCGGGAUUCUUCACGGGAGGAGCGCUGGCGGUGCGCGGCGGUCCCCGAGCGAUUCGCAACGGUGCGAUCGGGUGUGCAAUUUUGUUGGCGGUCAUCGAGGGUGUGGGCAUUGGAUUCCAGAGGAUGAUGGCCGAGAACACAAGACUGGAGCUUCCACCGCCGCCUCCGAGUAGUGCGGGCAGUGAAGGACAAUUGGCGGCUGCUUGACUGCCUGUUACGGGGUUGGCGGCGAGGAGUCUGGAGCUGGCGGAGCUGGGGUUGACGGGAGCGUAAAGAAUAUAGAGGGACAGCAUCCGGCGAGAUGAAUUUCUGACUGGAAGAGACGACAUGGCGAUUUGACAGCAUGAGCGGCGGAUGUGGAGGUCUUUCCAGGCCCGGACACCGAUGAAGGGAUCGAAUACACUACACUCUACCCUGUUCCGAAGAUGAUGCAGCGCCGCAGAUCGCGUCGAGCGCUCUAUUUGACGAGGCUCUGGCCUCUGCUCCUGCAAGAUUCGGCUGUAAAAGUACAAUGUAAAUACAAUAUCAUCGAAAGA